AUGGCGAGAAAGCGCAAGGCUGACAAAAUCGAGCCAUCGCCGUCCAAGGCCAGCAGUUCUAGCAAGAAGACUCGCCGCCAAAAAGCAGAAGACACUCCCCGAGCAGCGAAGAAUCGCAGCCGGAAAGAAGAAGAGGAACCAUCGCCGGCCAAGGCCAGCAGUUCCGGCAAGAAGACUAGCCGCAAAGAAGCAGAAGACAUUCCCCGAGCAGCGAAGAGUCGCGGCCGAAAAGCAGCCGAGGAAUCAUCGCCGGCCAAGGCCAGCAGUUCCGGCAAGAAGACUCGCCGCAAAGAAGCAGAAGACAUUCCCCGAGCAGCGAAGAGUCGAGGCCAAAAAGCAACCGAGGAACAAUCGCCGGCCAAGGCCAGCAGUUCCGGGAAGAAGACUCGCCGCCAACAAGCAGAAGACACUCCCCAGGCAGCGACGAGUCAAGGCCAAAAUGCAGCCAAGGCCAAGGCCAGCCCCGGCGUGCAGACUCGGGGCCAAAGAGAAAAGGCGGAGGCGAUGCAGCGGAAGCCAAAGCGGAAGCCGAAAAAGGAAGGUGCUAAGGUGUUUAAGUUCGAAGACCCUGAGAAGGUGAUGAGAGCAAACAGAGCAGCCGCCAGGAGCAAGGAGGAGGCGGAGAAGUCUAAGGCGGAGUCCGAUGGAGACGAAGAAGAGGAGAAGUCCGAUGAAGACGAAGAAGAGAAGAAGUCCGAUGGAGACGAAGAGAAAAAGUCCGAUGAAGACGAAGAGGAGAAAUCCGACGGAGACAAAGAGGAGAAGUCCGAUGGAGACAAAGCGCCGGAGUCCGAUAGUGACGAAGAGCCGGAAUCCGAUGGAGGCGAAGCUAAGAAGUCCGAUAGAGACGAAGCUAAGAAGUCCGGCGGAGAAGAAGCUAAGAAAUCCGGCGGAGACGGAGCGGGGAAAUCGGGAGUGGACAAAGAGGCGAGUUCCGAUGAGGACAAAGAGGCGAAAUCUGGUGAAGACGCGGCGGCGAAGUCCGAAGAAGGCCAGGAGGCGGCGGAGUCCAGCAAACGCAAAGGCAAGGGAAAAUUGAAGAUCAAGAAGGAACAAGGAACAAAGAACAAGGACACGAGGAGGAUUCAUAUCAGGCACUGCGAGGAUUCCGGUCCGUUAUUCAUGGCCAGGGCUCAAGAGUUGAAAGCUGCUUUGGAGAGUGUUGGCUGCAUUGUGACAAUCGAUAACGAGAUAAGAAAGGGUUGCUUUGAAAUGCGGGUUGUAGGUGGUGAUGCAAUCAUCCAUUAUAUGGACAUGAAGAAACCAUAUAAAAUUUUGGAGGAACUAGACGUGGAGUCAGUUGUUGCUGCUGCAAUGGCCAACUAA